ACUGUUGAUGACGUCAUGCCACGUUUGGUGCCCUGACUUGCGCGGAAUUUCUGUUUCUAGAUGUUGCUUUGAAAACAACCGGCUUUACUACAUUUUUAAAAAGAAUCCCAAGUGUGUCAAAGCGCUUUUCGGUGUUGCGCUGCAGUGUCCGAGUGUGUGUGUGUGUGUGAGAGAGAGAGAGAGAGAAAGAGAGAUAAGGAGAGAGAUAGAGAAUGGCCUUGUCGAGGAAACAUACUGUAGCUGAAUCUUUAGAAGACUGUAACAACCACCCGAGCAAGAAGCGCAAGAGAGGAGUGGAGCAGAAGAGACACAUCGCGGCGGUGAUCCUGGCCCGGGGAGGCAGUAAAGGGAUCCCUCUGAAGAACAUCAAGCUGCUGGCUGGAGUCCCGCUCAUCGGCUGGGUCUUACGAGCUGCUGGAGACUCCGGGGUGUUUGACAGUAUCUGGGUGUCCACAGACCAUGACGAGAUCGAGAGGGUGGCACAGAACUGGGGUGCUGAGAUCCACAGAAGGAGUCCAGAAGUGUCCAAGGACACCUCGACAUCACUGGAGACCCUGCAAGAGUUCUCCAGACUUCAUCCAGAAGUAGAUGUCAUCUGUAACAUCCAGGCCACCUCACCGUGCCUUCACCCGCACCACCUAAAAGAGGCUGUGGAGAAGAUAACCAAACAAGGCUUUGAAUCGGUCUUCUCCGUCGUCCGCCGGCACCACUUCCGCUGGCAGGAGAUAAAAGGAGAAAUUAAAUGCACAUGUGCUCUGAACCUGGACCCAUGCAAGAGACCUCGUCGUCAAGACUGGGAUGGAGAACUCUGCGAAAACGGCUCCUUUUACUUCGCUACCAAAGAUCUUGUUACCAAAGGGCUCCUGCAGGGAGGGGAGAUGUGCUACUUUGAAAUGCAGCCGGAGUAUAGCGUUGAUAUCGAUGUUGAUAUCGACUGGCCUGUAGCAGAACAGAGAGUCCUCAGAUUUGGUUACUUUGGCAAGGAUAAGCCGGACUCAGUGCGCUUGCUCCUGUGCAACGUGUCUGGCUGCCUGACAGAUGGACAGGUCUAUCUGUCCUCAGCGGGGGAGGAGAUGCUGUCUAUCAACACCAGAGACCUGACUGGCAUCCGCAUGCUAAAGGAAGAAAAAAUCGAGGUGAUCCUUCUAUCAUCCAGUGACGACCCAGUUCCAGAUGUGUUUGUAGAGAAACUGUACAAGAAAACAGGUUGUAAAGUCAGGCAUCUGGGAAAGGAAAGAAAAGUGGAGCUGGACAAACUGCUGGCGAAGAAGAAGCUGAAGUGGAGAGAAGUGGCCUAUAUAGGUAAUGAUGUGCCAGAUGUGGACUUCCUGAACCUGGCUGGUCUGAGCGCAGUGCCCUUGGACGUCCCCAUGGUGGUUCUGAAUGCAGCUAAAUACCCGUGCCAGAGAGCAGCAGGACGUGGGGCUCUCAGGGAGUUCAUCGACCACAUUCUCCUGAUGAAGAAAGAGGCUAAAUGUCAGAACCUAAUUUAAGUUUUAAAUCAUGCAUCUUGACUGGGUUUCAGCUGUAGACUGCACUCUUAAACUGUUUUAUAAUUGUUGUGUUAAAGAAUAAUUAUGCUGUUAAAGGAAAAAGGUAAUGAGUGGGAUAUUCUGUAAUGCUGCUUUGUGUAGUAUGGUAAUAUGGUAAUAAUGAAGGUUUCUGUGCGGAAGUACUAUUCUCUAUUUAGUAUUUAAUCAGUCACUAGGCAUUAUUUAAACACUAGGGGGCAACCUUGCACAUAGAAUCAGGUUAUUUGAUGGAAAUUAAACUGUGAUUAUACUUGUUCAGGCAUGAGCUGCUGUGUCCUUUAGGAUUACUCUAUAGUGCAUAAUUUAAUCAUCAGGUCUGGUUCAGUUCAUUAAAAAAUAAAA